AUGGAUAAACCUAAAGUCGAUCUCCCGAGUUUCUCUUCGAUCGAACGUAAUGCAUCAAUUUCUGAAAUGAGUGUUGCUGCAAGAUUAGCAGAAGAAAUGGGAGUCAAACUUGGGGAAGAAGUUGGUUAUACUAUUCGAUUUGAAGAUGUCACAAAUUCAGAGUUAACAAGGAUCAAAUUUCUAACAGAUGGAGUAUUACUAAGAGAAAUGAUGGAUGAUCCUCUUUUAAGCAAAUAUAGUGUGAUUAUGGUUGAUGAAGCUCAUGAGAGAUCCUUUUCAACAGAUAUAUUAUUAGGUCUCCUGAAAAAGAUACAACGCAGAAGGCCUGAGUUGCGCCUGAUUAUUGCAUUAGCCACAAUUGAAGCAAAAUCAAUGACUGGGUUUUUUCAUAACAAGUUUUCCUAUUAA